CCGGCCCGAGGGGGCGGGCGGGCGGCGCAUCCCGCCGGUGCCCCCGCACACACCGCCCCCCCGCCCUGCUGAUGUGUACGCGGCGGCGGCUGGAUGCGGGGGGAGCGGCUUCGGCGCGGCGUGGGGUGGUGGUGGGGGGGGUGAACCGGGACCGUCUGACGCUGUGUCCUACCCCCGCAGGGAUCCGGCCCCAAGCUCCGGGAACCGGUUAUGGCUUCUAAGCUGUUACGGGCGGUGGUGUUGGGCCCCCCCGGUUCGGGGAAGGGGACGGUGUGCGAGAGGAUCGCCCGCAGCUUCGGGCUCCAGCAUCUUUCCAGCGGGCAAUUCCUACGGGAGAGCCUCGACGGAGGCGGGGAAGUUGGCAUCUUGGCAAAGCAGUAUCUUGAGCGAGGCCUUCUGGUGCCGGACCACGUCAUCACACGCGUGAUGAUGACGGAGCUGGAGAAGCGGCGAGAGCAGCACUGGCUGCUUGAUGGUUUCCCCCGGACGCUGGGCCAAGCCGAGGCGCUGGACAGGAUAUGUGAGCUGGACCUGGUGAUCAGCUUGAACAUACCCUUCGAGACGCUGAAGGAUCGCCUGAGCGCCCGCUGGGUCCACCCGGCCAGCGGGAGGGUGUACAACAUGGACUUCAACCCCCCCAACGUCCAGGGCGUCGAUGACCUGACGGGCGAGCCCCUGGUCCAGCGCGAGGACGACAAACCCGAGGCCGUUGCCGCCAGGCUCAGAAAAUACAAAGAUGCUGCAAAGCCAGUAAUAGAGCUGUACAAGAGCAGGGGCAUCCUUCAUUCCUUCUCGGGGACGGAGACCAACAAGAUCUGGCCGUACGUGUACACCCUGCUCUCCAGCAAGAUCCCACCCGUUCUUUCGGACGAGGAGAACUAAACAGCUUGUGCCAAGGACCAAGAGUUAACGCCGUCACGGAUUUGGUUUCUCUGGGGCUGUGCUCAGAUUAGGUGAUCGUGCGGUAUCUCAAGUCCCUUCCCUGGGUGUGCUGGGUGACCUCCAUGGGUACACCAUUAUAGCCAGUUUCAGGGUGAAAAGAUCUUGGCUUGUAAGGUCAAAUCUGCUAGAAUAAGAUGGGGUUUUUUUCUCUCUUGAGGCUAUACAAUAUUCCUGCCUAUGGUCCAGUACACACACAGAGCUGGGUAAUGAUCAUACCAGGGUUACACAUCUUGCCAUGGUGUCCCUGCUACCCCCAUACAAACCCCAGUCUCUGAGCCUUCAACGUGCCAUCCUUUUCCUCCACAGUACCAUUUACUGCAGAUUACUCUCUAGGUCGUUUCUUUUUUAAAAAAGAAAUACAAAAAUUAUUUUCUAUAAAAUUUGUUUAUCAGAGAAAUAAGGCUCUAAAAAGCGAGACUUAGCCCAGUGGGAAUUGGUGAGCAACGUGGAAAAUAUUUACACUCCAAAGCUCAGAAACAUGGAAGAUCACAUUUCUGAUAUUAAUACACACGAAAGAGGGAAAAUAUUGGGAGGUAAAACACGCUCUUGUGCUUGUUCCGUAGAGAGAGAUGAAACCCCUGUUACAGAGCGCUGCCGUUUUCACGAGCUGCUGUGACACCGAGCAGGACCCGUGCCAGGGAUGAGCCACGCUCCUUUGUGCUUACCUUGUUUAUCGCUUUUCACACUACGAGAUACACUCCUGUUUAUGAGAGUUUCUCCCAAAGAUGUAUUUUUAGUGUCUGCUUCGGUUUUGGGGAGAAAUCGAAUCGUUCCAUCUUCUGUGCUGCCUUUGUCCCUGAGGUCUCCCAGCGAUGGGGUGUUCCCUAAGCGGCUCCAGCAUCCCCAGCAGAAGUGACUCCCUCCCCACGAACCCCCGGAGGGACCAGAGCCUUCCCUUCCCUGGGACACGUGCAGGAGCUGCCGAGGGCCAUCCUCAGGCAUUUCCCCAAGAUUUACAGCUUCCUCUGCACAUCUCGCUCCUCUUUUCUUGCGCAGGAGCUUUGUGUCUGGGUGGGGUGGCUUUUCUCAACUGGAAGUACUGUAACCCCUCUUUGGUGGUAGGAUGCAGUACCUAAGCAAUGGGGACGUUCUUUAUGUCUCCACGAGUUGCCUUAUUUUAUAGAAUAUAUAUUUAAGGG